AUGAUUCUCUCUCUCUCUCUCUCUCUCUCUCUCUCUCUCUCUCUCUCUCUCUGUCUCUCUCCUUUUGUCUCUCUCUUCCCUUCAAGAAGUCCUCCACUGGCCGGCGUCGCGCGCGCCCUUGGCCACGUCGGCGGCGCCCUUCUCGAGGCCCGUGCUGACGUUGGCGACGCCGUCGCCGAGGGGCCGGCCCGCGCCGCCCGUGGCGCCGCUGACCGUCUCGCCGAGCCCGCGGCCGGCGGCGCCGACGACGCCGCCGACCGUGUUGGCGAGGCCCGAGGCCGUGUUGCCGAGGGUCGAGGUGGCGAGCUUGGCGGCGGCGGUGAGGCCUGA